AGACCAUGUCGUGCUAGGCCUAUCGGAAUGUCGGGACGGAUGAAUCAUCGGCCCUAGAGGUCCCGACCGAUUCCCCUUUUUUCCGUCACGGGCUAGUUUUGCUUGCUCUGGGCCCGAAAACGAGGCGCUGGAGGCCGAAGCCGAUGAGGGAUGCAAUCAUCAAAAUAUCAGGUCGUCAGGGAUUGGAGCUACGGGCUCAGAAAGGGAACCCUCGGAGGGGGUGGGGCGGAGCCGCCACCUGGUGUCGCACAGGUCCUGCAGAGUCCAGAGGACCUGAUCUAUUUGCAGCAGCUCAUCGUGCGGCUCCGCCCGCGCGUGGUCGUCGAGACGGGCACCUACCGAGGGGGCCUCGCGCUGUUCGUCGCCAGCAUCUUCGACCAGCUGGGCCUCGCGGGCUCCCAGGUCGUGACGCUGGACACGUUCGACGUGGAGAGUAAUUUUCACAACCUGGACAACCAGCCGCUCUGCCCCGUCUGCCUCGACUGCGUCCGGGCGCACGAGACGGAACUGUGGCGCGCGCACGUGGUCUUCUUCCGCGGGAACAGCCUCCGCCUGUCGGAGGAGGUGCGGAGGGCCGUCGCCGAAUCCCGGCGGGGCGGCGCGGGGCCCGUCGUGGUGCUGCUGGACGCCCAGCACAGCUACAGCGCGACGCUCGUGGAGCUGCACCUCUACGGCGGCCUGGUGGACGUCGGCUCCUACGUGGUAGUCCAGGACGCGCGGCUGGACGCCACCUACGGGCGCCCCGGGCCGCUCGCCGCGGGCGCCCAGCUGCUGCAGACGGGCCAGUGGGUCUGGGACCGAGACGUGGAGGUCUUCGGCCACACGCAGCACAUGAGCGACGCGGAUGCCCCGCGACGUGGCGCUGGGCGCAGAGGCCAAGACGGGCACGACGCUUCCGCGCUCAGUCCUGGGCAUGGGCACCGUUGUCGUUCCCCUCCAGGUGCCCCUGGAGUUCGCCGUCGGCGGGCGGGAGCUGGCGACGACCCAGGCCCUCUUCGAGCUGCUCCGCGAGGGCGGCUGCGACGAGGCGGGCCCGCCCCUCCAGGCGGGGCGCGCGGGCUCCGCGGCGGCCUGCCAGGCGAGGUGCCUGCGCUACCCAGGCGCCGGCUGCGCGCAGGAGUGGCCCCCCUGCGCCGGGGGCGGCCUCGGGGGCGCGGCGCUCCCAGACCCCCUCGGGUCAUGGCAAGAUCGGGAGCGAAAGAAGGACGUACACGCACAUGAAUCCACACUGCUUUCGAGAUUUCGCAGUGCGCGAGUGUUCGUAUCGCGCGGCCGGUCUCGCGGGCCAAGGGGCCGCGUGCACGUACACAGUUGGGCGCGUACGUCCUCUGUGGGCUCCAUGGCAAGACGCGACGGGAGGUUUGGGAUCCUGCUCUGCCUCCGGGGGCCCUCGCCGGGGCCCGGCACCGCCGAGAAGCGAUUCGGAAUGAAAGACGAGUCCCGGGGGAUGGGUCGAAGCUUCCGGGAGGCCGC